GCUACCCGGCGCAGGGCUUCGUCGCCGGGCAGCCCGGCUUCCCGCCCGAGCAGCCCUUCCCGGGGGCGCACCAGGGCUACGCCACCCAGCAGCCGAGCUACACGCAGCAGGGCUACCCGGCGCCGCCGCAGGCCUACUCGCAGCAGGGCGCGGGCUUUGGCGCGCCGCCCCCGCCGGGCUACCCCAACCAGGGCUACGCGCCGCCGGCCUACCCGGGGCCCCACCCGCCCCCGUACGGCGGCUACGGCCAGGGGCAGCAGGCCGUGCCGCUGCAGCCCGGGGUCGGGCCACAAGCCGCCGCGCCGCAGCAAGGAGGCUCCUACGGCUACCUCCAGCAGCCGUCGGCCGCGGCCCCGCAGCCGCUGCCGCAGACGGGCAUUGGCAUGAGGGAGCAGGAGGACGGAUAG